CGUCAGUGAAAGUCCUGCACUGAGACUGAGAGGCGCUUCAUGGCCAGACAACAUUCAGAUUUACCACCACAGCUCUGAACACAGGACAUGUCCACUGGCACCAUGAUCCGUCCUCUAGCUCUUCACCAAAACAUCUCUGGGACGCUGAGCUGUGAGUGAGUCAGAGUUAACCACCAUGAGCGCUGACACCGUCAGCAGGCCAGAGCUGGAAUUGGAGAACAACGGCGAGCUUGCUGACUUGGUGGCAGCCAUGAACGUGGCCGCCAACCGUUUAACCCCUCCUAAUGGCUACAGGUCGGGUGGUCCAAGGACCACCAACACCAACCGAAUUCGCCUCUCAGACAGGAAAAUGUCUCUGCAGGAGAGAGGGAGUCGCAUGGCCCGACAGCCAACCAUUGAGACCAAACGUGUGUCAAUCACUGGCGUUGAUGACUGUAUCCAGCUUAACCAGUAUAAACUAAAGGAAGAGAUUGGAAAGGGUUCGUAUGGAGUAGUGAAAUUGGCUUAUAAUGAAGAUUCAGAAGAGCACUAUGCAAUGAAAGUAGUUUCAAAGAAGAAGCUGAUGAGGCAGUGUGGAUUUUUGCGCCGCCUGCCAACCUCAGGGUCAAAGUCACAGCAGGAUCCGUUCCCUAAAGCCGCCUUGCCUCUGGAGAGCGUGUACAAGGAGAUCGCCAUCCUGAAGAAACUGGACCAUCAUAAUGUUGUCAAACUGAUCGAGGUGCUGGAUGAUCCUGAUGAAGAUGGACUUCACAUGGCCUUCGAAUUGGUGACAAAAGGACCGGUGAUGGAGGUGCCUACUGACAACCCUCUAACGGAGCAGCAGGCUCGCUUUUACUUCAGAGACGUUGUCCUUGGAAUAGAGUACUUACACUACCAAAGGAUUAUUCACAGGGACAUUAAACCAUCUAAUCUGCUGUUGGGAGAUGAUGGCCACGUCAAGAUAGCAGACUUUGGUGUGAGCAAAGAGUUUGAGGGGACAGACGCCCUUCUGUCAAGCACAGCGGGGACGCCGGCCUUCAUGGCUCCGGAGAUGAUGACCGAACACGAGCAGAGCUUCAGUGGAAAAGCAUUAGACGUGUGGGCGAUGGGAGUCACACUGUACUGCUUCGUCUUUGGGAUGUGUCCUUUUUAUGAUGAAUACAUAGUUUCUCUACACAACAAGAUAAAGAACAAACCUGUGGAGUUUCCAGAGACGCCAUUAAUAAGUAAUGAACUGAAGGAGCUCAUUGAAAGGAUGCUGGAUAAAAACCCUGAAACAAGAAUCACCAUCCCAGAAAUUAAGCUCCAUCCGUGGGUGACAGAGAACGGUGCAAAUCCUCUCCCUCUGGAGGAGGAGCACUGCACGGUUGUUGAGGUCACUGAGGAGGAGGUGCAGAACAGCAUUAAACUCAUCCCCAGCCUCUCCACUGUGAUUCUUGUGAAGUCCAUGCUGAGGAAGCGGUCUUUCAGUAAUCCCUUUGAGUGUCAGGGCAGACGGGCGGAGAGGUCCAUGUCUGCCCCUGGAGGUCUUCUUACUGGUUCUUGGGGCUUACUGGGGUCUUCGUCUCACCUUCAUCCUUCCUUGAGGAAAGUCAGCAGAGAGGGAAGCAGAGAAGGAGAGUUGGAGGACUUGUAUGAAGAUGAAGCUUUUACAGAGAGUGCUGAUUAAUCUGGCUCACAUGGAUUUAAAACACAGAAAGUAUGUUUUUGUACAUUUAUUUGUGUCUUUUUCUCUUAAUUCUUUUGUUCGUUGUUGCUUUUGACAUUAGAGGAGAAGAUUGUGGUCAUUUUGUAAAUUUACUGAAUAUUCAAGUAAGAUUUGUAGUGCAUGAAAAUACAGAAAAAGAUGAUAUUAUCUUCCAUCCAGGCUUAAAAAAGUAAAUAUACUCCAUGAAGAUGAAGAUAUUUUUACGUUUUCCUACAGCUGUUGAAGAUAACAAAAUAUAAACUAUUGAAACAAUGACUGAAUCACGUUUCUUCUGUCACGUUUAGUUUUGUUGCGUUGA